UCUGACGCACACGUACGUCAGUCUGGUGAUGCCACGUCAUUAGACGCUUCGUCACCACAACAUUAAGCAUGGCGGCGUCCGUCCGGGAGAAGCAGACAGUGGCUCUGCAACGGAUGUUGAACUUUAACACUCCAUCACUGAAGAACGCAGGAGCCGAGCCUGUGUGGAAGGUGCUGAUAUAUGACCGGUUUGGCCAGGACAUCAUCUCUCCGCUGCUGUCAGUGAAAGAGCUGAGGGACAUGGGCGUGACCCUCCAUCUGCUGCUUCACACAGACAGAGAUCCUAUUCCAGACGUACCUGCCAUCUACUUUGUUAUGCCCACAGAGGAAAACAUCGACAGGAUUUGUCAGGAUCUGAGAAACCAGCUGUAUGAGUCGUACUUCCUGAACUUCAUAUCGGCGAUCAGCAGGAGUAAACUUGAGGACAUCGCUAGUGCGGCACUGGCUGCGAAUGCUGUCAGCCAAGUUACCAAGGUUUAUGAUCAGUAUCUGAACUUCAUCACUCUGGAAGAUGACAUGUUCAUCCUCUGUAACCAAAACAAGGAACUUAUCUCUUACCAUGCCAUUAACAGAGCAGACAUCCAGGACACAGACAUGGAGACCAUCAUGGACACCAUUGUGGACAGUCUCUUCUGUUUCUUUGUCACUCUGGGUGCUGUACCAAUCAUCCGCUGUCCCCGUGGAAACGCAGCAGAGAUGGUUGCUGUGAAACUGGAUAAAAAGCUUCGUGAAAACCUGCGGGACGCCAGGAACAGCCUCUUCACCGGUGACAACAUGGCGGCCGGACAGUUCAGUUUCCAGCGUCCCCUCUUUGUCCUGGCAGAUCGGAACAUGGACAUGGCCACGCCCCUUCACCACACAUGGACCUAUCAGGCACUGAUCCAUGAUGUUUUGGACUUCCAUUUGAACAGAGUGCUAUUGGAGGAAGGGGCAGGGGCGGAGCCAUCACCUGCCGGUGCCAGACCAAAGAAGAAGAGCAGGAAGACCUACGACCUCACUGCUGCAGACAGGUUCUGGCAGAGGCACAAAGGCAGUCCAUUCCCAGAAGUGGCAGAGUCAGUCCAGGAGGAGCUGGAUGCUUACAGAACCCAAGAGGAUGAGGUCAAAAGGCUGAAGAGCAUCAUGGGUCUUGAAGGUGAGGAUGAAGGCGCUAUCAGCAUGCUGUCGGAUAACACAGCCAAACUCACUUCAGCUGUCAGUUCUUUGCCUGAGCUGCUGGAGAAGAAAAGGCUCAUUGACCUUCACACCAACUUGGCCACGGCUGUACUCGACCACAUCAAGAGUCGUAAACUGGAUGUUUAUUUUGAAUAUGAAGAGAAACUGAUGAGCAAGUUGACUUUGGACAAAUCUGUGCUGGACAUCAUCACUGACCCUGAUGCGGGGACGCCAGAGGACAAAAUGAGGCUUUUCCUCAUCUAUUACAUCACUGCACAGCAGCCUCCUUCAGAGAUGGACAUGGAACAAUAUAAAAAGGCCCUGCUGGAUGUCGGCUGUGACCUUUCUCCUCUCAUCUACAUCAAACAGUGGAAGGCCUUCACCAAGAUGGCUGCCACGCCGGCCAAUUAUGGCAACAGUGGAGUCAAGCCCAUGGGGCUGUUUUCAAGAGUGAUGAACACAGGUUCACAGUUCGUCAUGGAGGGGGUGAAGAAUCUGGUGCUCAAACAGCAUAACCUUCCAGUCACUCGGAUUGUGGACAACCUGAUGGAGAUGAAGUCGCACCCUGAAACCGACGAUUAUAGAUACUUUGACCCAAAGAUGCUACGAGGGCAGCGACAGUCUUUCUUCUUCUGCAGCUCUGUUCCCAGAAACAAGAACCCGUUCCAGGAGGCUAUUGUGUUUGUGGUUGGAGGAGGAAACUACAUUGAGUACCAGAAUCUGGUGGACUAUGCCAAGUCCAAACAGGGGAAGAAGGUCAUGUACGGCUGCAGCGAACUCUUCAACGCUGCUCAGUUCAUCAAACAGCUCUCCCAGCUCGGACAAAAGUGAGCAGAAAAGCACGGACAUGUCGGACCACAGGUCGUUAUUCCAGUUCUUUUAUACAAACUGUACAUGGACUAAAGUGUUUGUGUUUAGGAUUAUUUCUAAUAAAGUCAAACAGUCUGAACCAA